UACUUUCGUAAAGACUCGUCGUCAUCUUUUCGAUGCUUCUCACGCGUUUAUGAUCGCAAUUGCCAUGUGGCGAAGAAAUGCAGAGAGCGCGCUCGUAAGGAAGCUGUACGAAGCUACAAAUGAUGGAUGAGGGGGGAGAAGAGACGGAGGGAAGCCCCAUUGAGGAUCAUUCGAAUGGGUUUCCUCUCUUACUCAUUUUGGCGAGCAUAACACAUCCAGUGAUCCAGAGAGGAAAUGAGGCCCACUAUAGCCUAUACAACCCUGUCUGCCUAUGCAAGAAAGGGAAAGAUGUUUAAAGGCGCCUCAACGCAACAUAGUCUCGUGCUCCGGAACGCGAAGUCCGCUUCUGCUAACAAAUACAAAAAUCACCGCACGGCGAACGAACGAUUCGCAUAACACCUUAAUCCGUCGAUCAGUGAAGAACGUACGAUCGAGCAUUGAGCAUCUUGACUGACGAGUUCCUCCUAGCAGUGUUUUGUGAUCCCGCUAAUCAAGCUCAAUUGGCUGUGUAACUUGUUGGACGCCAUAACCCGGACGUUGCUCAUACGCGGUACGACUCGCCAAAAAUGGUUCAGGACAGUGGUACGCUGAAGAAGGUGUUGGUGAUCGGAGGCGGUGGCCGUGAACAUGCCAUGUGCUGGAAGAUGGCCCGCAGUGAACGGGUAGAAACCGUGUACGCACUUCCAGGCAGCCCUGGCAUUGCGGCCGUCCCGAAGGUUCAGCUAGUGUCGGAUGUCAGCGUGAAGAACCACGGUUCCAUCGUUGCCUGGUGCAAGCAGAAUCAGAUCGAUCUGAUAGCGGUUGGACCGGAAGAUCCGCUAGCCGAUGGGCUUGCCGAUGUCCUGCUGGCGGCCGGUAUAAAAUGCUUCGGUCCCGGGCGACGCGGUGCCCAAAUUGAAGCGGACAAAAAUUGGUCCAAGGACUUUAUGCAUCGGCACGGCAUUCCAACGGCCCGUUACGCAAGCUUUACCGAUGCAACCGAGGCGAAAGCGUUUAUUCGCAGCGCACCGUACGCGGCACUGGUCGUGAAGGCGAGUGGUUUGGCCGCCGGCAAGGGUGUCAUUGUGGCGGAAACGAUCGACGAAGCAUGUGCAGCGGUGGAUGACAUACUCGGCGAGAAACGGUUCGGUGCCGCCGGUGAGGUGGUUGUCGUGGAGGAAAAACUGUCCGGCGAAGAAGUUUCCGUACUAGCAUUCGUGGACGCUCGUACCGUGCGCGUGAUGCUACCGGCCCAGGAUCAUAAACGGUUGCAGGAUCAAGAUCGUGGUCCGAAUACCGGCGGAAUGGGUGCAUAUUGUCCCUGUCCGAUCAUCAAACCCGCACAACUGGAGAUGGUCGUACGGGAGGUGUUGCAGCGGGCCGUCGAUGGAUUGCGAGCGGAAGGCAUCAAGUACAACGGAGUUCUGUAUGCCGGCAUGAUGCUUACGCCAAAUGGGCCGAAAACGCUCGAGUUCAAUUGCCGUUUCGGUGAUCCAGAGACGCAGGUCAUUCUGCCCUUGCUUGAGAGCGAUCUGUACGAAGUAAUGGAAGCGACCUGUGACAAUAAAUUGCACGAGAUCAAUCUUAAGUUUCGCGCCGGUCUCAGUGCAGUUGGUGUAGUGAUGGCCAGCAAGGGCUACCCGGAAACCUCCACCAAGGGUUGCGUUAUCAAAGGACUUGACGCAGUUGCUGCACGUCCGGAACAUCUCGUGUUUCAUUCCGGCGUCGCACGGAACGAGUGUGGCGAGUUCGUUACCAACGGUGGCCGAGUGCUGAUCGGUGUAGUGCUGCACAGCGAUCUGAGGCAGGCAGCUGCACUAGCAACAUCCGCCUGCACGACGGCGAUUAGCUUUGACGGAUCGCAGCACCGGCUGGACAUUGCUCAGAAAGCAUUCAAACACCAAAGUCUGUCGUACAAAGCGAGUGGCGUCGAUAUUGACGCAGGAGAUGCUUUGGUGCAGCGCAUUAAACCAUUGGCCCGAGGAACGAAUCGUCCGGGUGUGGUUGGCGGACUCGGAGGGUUUGGUGGAUUAUUCCGACUAAACGAUGUUGUGUACACUAAUCGGGAAGGAAAAUCGGUCCGAUACAGUGACCCGGUGCUGGUACAAGGUACCGAUGGUGUUGGUACCAAGCUGAAACUCGCCGAAGCACUCAACUGCUGGGACACGAUCGGCAUCGAUCUGGUGGCAAUGUGUGCGAACGAUGUGCUAUGUGCCGGUGCGGAACCACUUGCCUUCCUGGAUUACAUUGCCUGCGGUCGGUUGGAAGUACCGACCGCAGCCUUGAUCGUGAAAGGAAUUGCGGAAGGCUGUCGCGAAACAAACUGUGCACUGCUCGGUGGUGAAACGGCCGAAAUGCCCUCGAUGUACGAGAAGGGCAAGUACGAUCUGGCCGGAUACUGUGUCGGCGUGGUAGAACACGAUCAGAUCCUUCCGCGCAUCGAUCGAAUCAAGGAGGGCGAUCUGGUGAUCGGUCUGCCAUCGAGCGGAGUGCAUAGCAAUGGAUUUAGCUUGGUCAAUCGAAUCCUAGAGCGUACCGGUACGAAGCUAACCGAUCGUGCACCGUUCAGUGAGGACGGAUGUACCACUUUCGGGGAGGAAUUGCUAACCCCGACUAGCCUGUACGUGACACCGUUGCUGCCGCUCCUUCGCCAAAGCGACACGGUGAAAGCUUUGGCACACAUUACCGGUGGUGGACUGGUGGAGAAUGUCCCACGUGUGCUUCCGGAAGGGUUGGCAGUCGAAGUGGACUUUAGCGAUGUGCGAAUUCCUCCCAUUUUCGGUUGGCUAGCAGCGGCAGGAAAUGUAACGGAGCGUGAAAUGCUACGCACGUUCAACUGUGGCAUCGGAAUGGUAGUGAUCGUAUCGGAGAAUGAUCGUACGUGGAAGGAAAAGUUGUCCGGCCAUGGUGCGGUGCUACUUGGACGCGUUAGCCGACGAGCGCGCGGUACGGAUCAAGUGGUGGUGAAGAAUUUCACUCAAGCAAUCACGAAAGUGGCGGUUAACUAUAAACCGGAAAAGAAAUCCCCAACCGCCAUAUCGUACAAGGAUAGUGGCGUUGACAUUGGUGCUGGCGAUGAGUUGGUGCAAAGAAUCAAACCAUUCGCCAGGUCGACCAACCGACCCGGCGUAAUGGGUGGGCUUGGUGGUUUUGGAGGACUGUUUCGGCUUCGGGACACGGGCAUGAAUCUCGAAGAUCCUAUUCUCGUGCUCGGUACGGAUGGUGUCGGUACAAAGCUGAAGAUCGCCCAGGACUGUAACCUGCACGGUACGGUAGGCAUCGAUCUGGUGGCCAUGUGCGUAAACGAUAUCAUCUGCAAUGGUGCGGAUCCGCUCGCUUUUCUCGAUUAUUACGCUUGCGGUCAGUUGGAUGUGCCAGUAGCGGCACAGGUAAUUGAAGGCAUUGCUGAAGGAUGUAGACAGGGCCACAGUGCCCUGCUCGGUGGUGAAACGGCCGAAAUGCCGGGAAUGUACGCAAAGGGCGUAUACGACUUGGCGGGCUUUUCGCUUGGAAUUGCAGAACGGAGCAAAAUGUUACCUCGCAUCGAUUGCAUCUGUCCGGGCGAUGUUAUUCUCGGGUUGCCAUCGAGCGGAGUGCACAGCAAUGGGUUCAGCUUGGUACACAAAAUUCUGGAAUUCGCCGGCCAUUCGUACAAUGAUGUUGCACCAUUCAGCGCCAUGGGCAAGUCGUUUGCGCAUGAGCUGCUUGUACCGACCCGGAUUUACGUACGUGAGCUGCAGUCCUUGCUGGCGGAGGGAUUGGUGAAAGCCCUCGCACACAUUACCGGGGGAGGUUUCACGGAAAACAUCCCACGCGUUCUACCGGCCGGUGUGGCAGCAUUCCUCGAUCUUACCGAGCUGCAUAUUCCGCCCAUUUUCGGGUGGCUGUCACGUGCUGGUAAUGUAACGGCCGAUGAAAUGUUGCGCACAUUCAACUGCGGCAUCGGUAUGGUGCUGGUGGUGGCCACGGAACACAAGCACACCGUACUGCAGCGUCUCCGAAGCGCCGGAGGAACUGCGCUCGGCACGGUGGUGAAAAAAUCGGACCCACUCGGACAGCGUGUGAUUGUGCAGGGUUUCGAGGACACGUUGCGUCUAUCCCAGCUUACCUGUUCGCUGCCGAAGAAACGGAUUGCGGUGCUGAUUUCCGGCUCCGGUAGCAAUUUGCAAGCGUUGAUUGAUGCCACGCGUAGUUCGGUGUUUGGAAUUCGGGGCGAAAUUGUGCUGGUAGUGUCGAACAAGGCAGGUGUAUUUGGGCUGGAAAGGGCUGCCAAGGCGGGCAUACCUUCGAAGGUAAUCUUGCACAAAGACUACAACACUCGCGAGCUUUUCGAUGCGGCCGUUUCGCAACUACUGGAAAAGGAACGUAUUGAGCUGGUGUGUUUGGCUGGAUUUAUGCGCAUUCUUUCGGAAGGAUUCGUGAAGCGUUGGAAGGGUGCAUUGAUUAACAUUCAUCCGGCGUUACUGCCACGCCACAAGGGCAUCCAUGCACAGCGGCAAGCACUCGAAGCGGGAGACGUAGAGUCGGGCUGUACGGUGCACUUUGUCGAUGAAGGCGUCGAUACGGGAGCGAUCAUACUGCAGGAACGCGUGCCAAUUCUCAGAGGCGACACCGAGGAAGCACUCACCGAACGGAUUCACCAGGCGGAACACAUUGCGUACCCGAAGGCACUGCGGCUGGUAGCGAACGAUAUUGCAACCCUUGGACAGGACGGCACACUACAAUGGAUGAGCUAAUUGUGAAGGUGUAAAUCGGUUAGAUUUAUGCGUUUUUUUUUUCGAAGACUAAAAUGGAAUCAAAAUAGAGCCGUUUUGUUAUUAGUUUUUGUUUUUAUCUGCAUUAGAUAAGUCUGUUCAACCAAACAAUGAACCAAUAAAACCUAAAAUACUUGACCUA